UCAGUUGUCACUGUCACUAUGUGACUAUUGCUUAACCAAAGGCUUAUUUAUCUAUUGUAACCUUAAAUAUAAUCGAAUGCAGAUUGAAUAAGCUUUGGAAUGAAACCGUGAUUAUAUUACAUUUUACCAAGUAAUAUACUAUGAAACAUAGUAUCCUUUAAAAUUUUAUUUACGUGAUGGCGACUAAAAAAGCAACGUCCUGGUUUUUAACUGAGCGCGGUCGCAAGUUUUCAUUUUUUGUACUCACCGGCUCAGGAAUUGGUCUUAUGGCAGCAAGAUUUGUUCCAAAUACUUUACUUAUAUCGAAAUACAAAGAUUUCGUACAAUAUUACAGUAAUGGAAAGCCGGUAGAAUUACCAGAGAAAAUUAAUCAACUUCAUCAGAAAUGUUUGGAUGUUCUUAAUAUAUCAAAUGUUCAUAGAAAACUGAUCUCACCCUUCAGUGUAUAUGGCUACGAUUUAUUUCAUGCUGGUUGCUCCAGUUCUAAAUUUGGCAUGCUAGUGGGUAUUCCAGUGAAUUUCUCAUACAAAACAGAAGAAGAUGUGAAGAAAGAUAAUAUACAGGUAAACCAAAGAUCAGUUGACUGGACUUCCGAAGUCGGCCAGAAGCUCGCAGAAUCUCUAGUAUUGCCUGAAAAAGUGCAGCAGUUUGCGAUAUGUAGAGAAAUAUUAAUGGCACUUAAUAAUAAAGUAAUAUACGAAUCGACUUAUCCGUUCGCGUGUAUAUUCCUCGCCUAUAAUCUCGCAACGUAUUUAAAUAGAAGGCUUAAUUUGUAUAGAGCCCCUGUAGCAACGAGGGGAAUGUUGUACUCGUUAAUCGGUAUGUUUAGUACAGGUUUAUAUUUUCUUAUGAAGGAUAUGACAGAAGUACAUUAUGAAACAGAAACUGAUAAGAAACUUUGCGAAUUAGGGCGAGAUUAUAUUGAAAGCGGGGUAAUAUUUUACGAUAAAUUACUACAAAGAAAUCAAGCACUGAGGGUUUUGAUGGGAAAUGAAGGGCAAAAGAAGUACAGUGUGCAUGGUAACGAGAAUUUUGGCCUCCGACAACCACGAGUAGCGCUCGUGCACAGAAAACAAUAUUUCGAAGAGAGAUUGAAAGAAAUUACCCAAGAAGAGUCUUCAGACGAUGCUAUAACGGAACAGGAAAUCUGAAAUUUAAAAUGGAAAGGUAUGACAAAAUUUGCUAACCCGACUCUAAGGCGUUUCUAAAUAAACCGGGCGGAAAAGCCGCGAUGCUUCGCAAGCCCAUAAGACUUGCCACAACACAAACGACGCUAAAGUAAAAGAGGAGCGACUUCACGUUGCCGUUAAGUACUGCGCGCGUGUUUUUUUAUGGAUGGAUAAAGGCACUCUUAAUACCAGCCUUUUGGAGUCUUCCGUCUCUUACCAGCCAAAUUUAUUAUCUGUGCAUAAUUAUUAUUUGCUUGACGAAAAGACGAAUUCAUAAUAAAUACUAGCAGUAAUUUAAAUGUAAGAGUGCAUUUUUUUAAGUAAUCCAAUAUACAGGGUCAUUUUGACAUCGCGUUACUAAAUGAAACCACAUACUUGUCAACUUGGAAAUAACACAAUACUUUACAAGGUUACUUAAACCGCAGGUGUGAAAUAAAAAAUAAUGAGUAUCGGACAAAAUAAAUACGAAUGAAAAGUAAUCUUAGUUUUCGCGCCCUAAAGGUAAAUGGCUGUACUAUAAGGUGUCCCUAAUUCGUCACAGCGGCAACAUCACGCUUCCAGUUAGAAAUAGUCACGCAUACGCCAUAUUCGCACUAAACUAUUAAAUCAUCGUAAGCCCUGAAAAGUAAAACUGGAAUUUUUACUAUAAAUAUUCGUUAUUCAUGGAUGAUUUUUAAUAUAGUAUUAGUAGAGGUAGAGACGAGUACAAAGUUUCAUUUAUUAACGCAAUGACAAAAUAAACAGGGACAUUUUAUACAGAUAAAAGGCGGGUAUUCUGGGUAUUCGCUUCAAUAAAGCCUUAAAGUCAAUGCAUUCAAUGAAAAUUAUAUUAUUUAUUUAUAUUAUGUUAGCAAAAUAAUAACUCCUAUGUAGAAUAGCUGAUUAAAGGAAUCAAUGGAAAACACUG